CAGGCCGCGGAAGAGGUCGUAAAUGCUGAUCAGCGGUGGAGUUCUGCAAAUACUAAAUGACUAUUUAAUAUACAACAUGAACAUAGCUCCAGCUCCACUACUUGCUGUUCGCGUUUACUGUUUGCAAAAUGCAAAAAAAGAUUCAGUUUCUCGUUCGCCAUCUUCUCCUCGUCUCCAUGGUCGGCACAAGAACACUUUAUUUCUACUUCACGAUCACAACACCCGCCCAUGCCUUCGUGGAUCCGUUGUACCGGGAUGAGGCCCUGUGGACGAGCCAUUUGCUCAAGCACGAUAAGAUUUUUCAUCCUUGGAACGUGAGCUGUGGCUUAUGCAUUGCAAAAGUAUCGUACUAGUAUAAAUCGCAAUACAAAUUUUUCCAGAAGGAAAAAUGGAAUUUGUAAUGCUGAUUUCUCUAAGAAACAAGAUUUGUCAUGCAUGAUUGCAAUUAGUACGAGUGCGAUACUUUUGCACAGGAUAUGGCUCCUUCUGCGACCACGACCCGCUCUUCGCGCCGAAGAAUUCCCUAUCCUGUGCAAAAGUAUCGUACUAGUAUAAAUUGCAUUACAAAUUCCCCAGCAUUACAAAUGGAAUUUGUAAUGCUGAUUUACCUUGAGAAAGAGACUUGUAAUGCAUAAAUGCGAUUACUACGACACGAGUACGAUACUUUUGCACGGGAUAUUCCCCGCUGUGCUGGCCAACGUGUGUGCAACAUGAAGAAUUUUUCCAGAUGGCCCAGGACUGCGGCAGCGUGUGCCGCGGGGUCACGGUGGAUCUGGACUUGUUCUGGAAGUACGCCUCGGUGGACGCAGAGAUCAAGGCGGAGAGGUAUGAGGCGGAAGAGCUGCGGAAGAAAAUGGAGUGGACGUCGGCAGAAGAGGAUACAGAUCAUGAUCUGCAACUACCAGGAGCACCACCUGGUGCGGAGCCAGGCUCGGUCUGGAGCCAGGAGUCCUACCGAAGGGCGCUGUCGGUCUUGCGAACCGGACGGGGGCAGUGCAGUACUAGUACUUCUACCAGCGAACAGCCAUCUGCACCGGUAGAUAGCUCGACGGAGGGGAGUACUAUGUCUAUGGGGACCUCCGCGGCCGCAGCUCCGCCACGAUCUCCUGUGGCUAUGCCCAUGAAGUCCGCGCCCUCGCAUAAGGUAACGAAAAAACUCGACUGCCACCGACUGUGGCACAGCAAGAGCAUGGAACGCGGAAGCUUGGUCAAAUUUGGGUUGUUCAAGACCCAUCAAAUGCAAAAAUGUCUGGGUCUGGAAGAAUGCGCGAUUUGUCAUGCAGCUUUUCCAUGACCCAUGAGGUCUGGAAUGCGAGAUCCAGCAUGACAGAUUCUUUGAGGUCUCUAUCAUGCCUUUCCUGCAUGAGAAACUCCCUCUCAACUUGGUAAGGGGGUUCUGCCACACGUAGCGCCCACUGGUCGUAGUUACGCGUAAGCAAUCGAUAGCGGUUUUGCGGAUGCGGCCGGGUGGUAGGUAGGAAGUGGAGCAAGUAUCCACCUAGGGGUAUUGGCAGAGGCUAAAUCUGUUCUAACGCCCAGGUAUUGGCAGAGGCUAAAUCUGUUCUAACGCCCACCCGCCAGGAGUUAAAUGGUUACUACUACUACUACUACUAACUUGGUCAAAAGGGGACAGCUUUUGGCACUCAUGCAACACAGAUUUCUGCAUGAUUCGGAUUUAGCAUGACAAGUUGCAUUCUUCCAGACCCAGACAUUUUUACAUUUGAUAAGACCCCGAAGCAAGGCCGGGACAUCACGAAAAUCACCGAGUACGCGUUUUUAUGCAUUGCACAAGUAACGUACUAGUAUAAAUUGCUUUACAAAUAAUUUUGGCAAGAAGAAAACUUGGAUUUGUAAUGCUGUUUUACCUUAGGAGGAAGAUUUGUCAUGCAUAUCUGCAAUUACUACGAGCGGGAUACUUUUGCACAGCAUAGUUUUCGUACGGCAACCAACUGCCCGUCACGAAUUACCACCACAACGGGCUGCAGUACCUUCUGCCGCACCAGUUCUUUUCGUUUGACACCCUAAAGAACGAUUUCAUCCAGCCCUGGGUGGCGCUGUUUCAGCUGCUCAGCCGGGAUUUUGAUCAAAGUGAAGAUUUGAAAAGGGAGAAAUCCGCGUUUUUUUUCCCCAACUGGUACCGUAACGGCACCCACGUGACGGAGACGCUAUGGGAGUGUCAGGAUUGAAAUCGAUAAAGUUGAAAAUGAAAUGUAUGAUUUGUCAUGCAUAAAAUGGAUACCAGUUCCAGUUGGAAGACCAAUUUCCAAGCGGCGCAUGACAAAUUUUCGGAGUACCGGAAUCCGAUUUGUCAUGCUGUUUGGGCACAGAGGACUGCUUUAUUUGUCGUGCUCUUUUAGCAGCUCUACUUCAACCUCCCCUAAAUAGCCUCACAAUCUGCCUCACUUGCCAUCCCGGCAAGACAGGCACUUUCUGCGUUGCAUUUUAUGCAUGACAAACUAUGUCAACUCUGACGAUUUCAAACCUGACAGUUCCAUAGACGCUGAGGAAAAAAUACAACCUGCACCAACGGAUCUGGAACUCUGCCUACCAGCACGGAAUCCUGCUGUUUCACAAGUUGCUCGAGCUCGACUUGCGGGGCAAGAAGGUGUUGGUCAUCGGCACCCAGUCGCCGGUGCUGGAGGGCAUGUGCGUCGCGCUCGGCGCGAAGGAAGUGGUGACCUUGGAGUACGCGUACCUGGUUUUGCAGCACCCGAACAUGAGGAGUUACGUGCCGGACGAGUUUCUGCGGUUCGUCGUGUCGGAAAUAUCGUUGGACAAGAACCAGCAAGAGGAUGUUGGAAAUAUUACGUCCAUAAGUUCUGAAGAUUCGAAGAAAUUUGACCUCGUGGUCUCCGACUCGUCCAUCGAGCAUUCUGGGCUCGGGAGGUACGGGGACGCCGUCAAUCCGUACGGGGACUUGAUCACCAUGGCGAAGGCGUAUUGCAUCGUGAAAGACAACGGGCAUUUCCUGCUCGGCAUGCCUGGAGUGGAGGAUGACGCUGCUUCUCUGGAAGUCGUAUCCUAUGCAAAAGUAUCGUACUGGUACGAAUAGCAGUCAUCCAAGACAAAUUUUUUUUUCAAGCUAAAUCAGCAUGACAAAUUCCAUUUGUCAUGCUGAGCUAAUUUGUGUUGCAAUACAACUCCGAGUACGAUACUUUUGCAGUUCAUAAGUCGACGACCGGUUCAUCCACGCCCCGGUUGCGAAUCAGAUUCCCUUGGAUACGGGACGAUCCCGAAAAAUCCGGCCGAACCUGUCGAAGGCGCAAUAUGCAUUGCAAAUAUAAUGUGUGGAUCUUCAUCUGGAAGAGAAAGAGUGCAACUCGUGAUGCUGCCCUUUCGAUUCUCAAAAAAUCUGUCUGUAUUGCAUGAGUGACCAGCAACAGCAAGAGGACUUGUUUAGAACUUUUUGCACCGUGGUUGAGAGGGCAUUUUUCGUCGAGCGGGGUAGGUAUCAAGAGGAAGAGGCUCUAAAGAUAAAAUCUGUGAUGCUAAAGCACACUACAUCACAGACUUGAUGGGUCGUCAUGCCAAAUGGGGAUGACAAAUCUUGCAUUCUCUUCUUCCAGAAGUGGUCCCAGACAUAAUUUUUGCCCUGGAUUCGCAAAUGCAGACAACUACGAGCACCACGACGAUCUUGCCGAACUACAGCGUGCAAGAGAAGCGCCCGCUCAACAUAAAAGAUCUGUUGGAUAUCGCUCAUGAUGAAAAGGUGUUGACGAGUGGUGGACCCGCUCUUUCCGACAAGGUCUUUGUAUCUGAUGUUCUUGCUCCUCCGGAUGAAGCUGGUUCUGAACACACGACGGCGUUGGCUAGGAGAACAGCAUUGUCUACUUCGCGCGACGUCGAGCACGAGAGUGUUAAAACUAGUACCAAAAAUGAAAUAAAUCCGUAUGACUCUCCGAUUUACCGUGGGGGCGUGGAAAUGAACGCCCAUAGAAUGUAUGGACAUUUGAAUCUAUCCCACCUCCUGGCAAACUGGGAGCUGAAGUGGCUCAAUUGCCCAAAGUACAAUGACCCAAGCUUUGUCUUGCAGAAAGUUCAGCUAGCUGGUACAGCUACAACAUCCAAGAAGAAAAAGCACGGAUUUAAUCAUGAUAUCCACGUCCGAACGAGCGAGCUACUGCUGGCCGCGAGAGAAACUACUCAAAGUCAUCAACAUCCGCAGGACAAAAGAGUACAAGUUGAUGAAAGCGCAGUACUAUAUCAUCAAGCCCUGCAAAGUGCAAAAUGAAAAUGCGAUAGCAGGCGGACAAUGAU